CAAUGCGGCGCUUCCUGUGCGGAGCCCCCGAAGCAGUCACAACAAGAGGAGGAGGAAGAGGAAAAAAAAAAAAAAACGACCGACCGACAGCUCUGGAUCGUCGUCGACUGCCUUGCGUGACAACACAAGGGGAUCGCGUCCAGGCUUUUGGGGUUCCUCCUUCAUGACCGGCACUAUGUCUGAUUUACUGAGAUACAUCGACUAUGACCACAAAGCCACCUUUCUGAAGAUGCUCAACCAGCAGAGGAUGGAGGGCGAGCACUGCGACGUGGUGGUGGUGGUGGAGAACAUCGAGUUCCGGGCGCACCGCUGCGUGCUGGCCGCCUGCAGCAACUACUUCAAGAAGCUGUUCAAGAAGCAGAGCGACGAGGACAACUCCAUCGUGGAGCUGGACUUCAUCCGCUCCGACAUCUUCGAGGAGGUGCUCAACUACAUGUACACGGCGCGGCUCGCCGUGCGGAAGAAGGACAUCAACAUGAUGAUGUCGUCGGGCCAGAUCCUGGGCAUCAACUUCCUGGACAACCUGUGCACCCAGAAGCGGGAGCUGACCAACAUGAAGACGCGGGAGAACCAGGCCCCUGGUGACCACGGCAUGCGGGCCCAGGACGCCAUCCUGAAGGAGCUCGCCAUGGAGGAGGUGAGGAAGAACAGCUUCUACGACCAGGGCAUGGACGGCAUGGGGCCGGGCGGCUCGCACGUGUCGCAGCCGCACAACUACAACGCCAACAUCACCAACAACAAAGACCCUCACAGCCACGGCUGGGGCUCCUCCUCCUCCAGCGACAUGAAGCUGGAGUACCUGCUGUACGGCCACCGCGACCACGGCUCCUGCCAGACGGCGGGCACGAAGCCCCUGGACCACAACGCCAAGAAGGAGCGGCUGCUCACGGCCAACCGGCCCUACGCGUGCGAGCACUGCCCCAAGGCGUUCACCACCGCCGCGCACCUCAAGGAGCACCUGAAGAUCCACUCGGGCUUCAAGCCGCACCGCUGCGUGGUCUGCGGCAAGGCCUUCAUCCGGGGGCCCGACCUGAAGAGGCACGAGCGGGUUCACAGCAACGAGCGGCCCUUCGCCUGUCAAAUGUGCGAAAAGGCCUUCAAGCACAAGUCCCACCUGAAGGACCACGAGCGGCAGCACCGGGGCGAGCGGCCGUUCAACUGCGGCUCGUGCGACAAAGCCUUCAUCAAGGCGUCGGAUCUGAAGCGCCACUGGAACACCAUGCACAGCGGGAACCCCCGCAGACAGAUGUCCCUGUCCCCCGCCGCAUCCCAGCACGGCCCCGCAGAGGCCACCGACCAGAGAGACUGGAAAAUGGAGACCGGGCCACAUUCGCACAACUCUGGGGACUGUUGAGCCUGCAAACACACACACACACACACACACACACUGACACCCACACACACACAUACAUACAAACAUACAUAAAACAUGUAAACACACAACCACCACCCUGUGACGGGCCGACGGCCCGAUCACGCGGACAGUGAUCGGAGUGAGUAAACGAGACGAGAUCAUAGCAUGUUCAUAAGACUGUGGGGGCUGUAUUAUUAUUAUUAUUAUUAUUAUUCCGAUAAAAAGUUAUGUCCAAAACAAUGUUUUUUCUUUCCACCUGUAAAACUCAUGUAAAUGUUUUAGUUCACUCUACGAUACAUAUAUUUUUCACAAAAAAGCAUCAUUGCUAUCUAGACUUCGGGGUGUCCUCCAUAACAUUAUUCUCUUUUACUUUUAUGGGAUAUGUAACAUUUAAAUGUUUGUUUAACCUUUACUGGAUUUUUAUGGAGAUAAAAAAAGAGAGAGACGCGGCAGAGUGUUGGGGCGGGGGAGGGACGAGGGGCGGGGGAGAAAAAGAUAAAGAUGUUUCUGCAUAACAUUUGUUGCAUUAAGUAUAUUCAUGUGGAUGUUUUUAAUGGAUGUGUUUAGUUGUAUUGAUUGAUAUUUACACUGUAAAGAGUAAGAGUCACCAUUUUGCAUUUCGACGCAGAUGAUACCAAAGUCUUGGGCCUUUUGCCGGAUUGUCUCCCUGACGACGGUCCUGCCCAAGCAACCGGCCAACUAGAUUUUACUGUUAUACAGUAUAACUGUCAUCCAGCUAUCAUCAGUUUAUGAUAGAUGUCUGUAUAUACUGUAGCUUAGUUUGUUGCACAAUUAGAGUACACAAUAAUGAAUUAUGCACAUAUAACGUUGUCCUACUCCUACACUUUGACAAUAAACACCAUUUGCUGUGUUUUA